AAGGCAGAUAACAUCUCAUAGCCACCGUGGCACCACAUCCAUUGCUCUGUCUCACCACAGACACCAACUUGUGCGCUCAUCUCAUGAAUGAGCCACCGCAGCUGAGCCUCACCGAUUUACAUUAACAACAUCGACAACUCAUUUCCUUAAACGUAAAUAUUUGUUUUAACGAGUAAGUCCCUCCGAUACAUUUUGUUCACGUAAAGGUGUGUUACGGUAUCCCUUGAGGCUACCGUUUGUGCACCAGGGGUGCGGGUUCACAUUCCAGGCGGUGUCUCGUGGUGUCAGUGACGACUAAUGAAAGUAUUUUACUUCCUUUUUACGUCUGAUCCCAGCGCAGCCCAUGAGUCACGGCGAGCGCGACUCCCAGCGAGAGUGUGGAUAGCGAGCUGCCACUGCUGUGCUGCUCCAUCUGACUGGAGGCGUUCGUCCGCCCCUCCACGCUGAACUGCGGCCGCUCGUUCUGCCCGCGGUGCCUGGAGGCCGCCCGGGAGACGUCGAGCGGCUUCAGCUGCCCGCGGUGCCGAGCGGCGUUCCCUGUGCGACCCCAGCUGAGGAGGAACGUGGCCCCUCGCCAAACCUGGCUGAGCAGCUCAGAGCUGGGGACGGGAUGGCCGCGGCCGUCGCGUGUGACCACUGCAGCGGCGGCCAGAACACUGCAGUGAGGAGCUGCCUGAGAUGUGAGAUGUCCUUCUGUGCGACGCACUUGAGGCCUCACGUGGAGAAUCCCAGGUUGAGAGACCACGUCCUGGUGGCUCCCAUCGCGAACCUGGAGGAGCGACGAUGUCCUUGGCAUAGAAAGGAGCUGGAAUUCUACUGCACAGUAGACAGCAGCCUGGUCUGCUCAACUUGCACCAUCGCAGGUGAACACACAGGACACAGGGUCCUGACGCUGCAGGAGGAGCAGGAGACACGGAAGGUGAGGCCCUCAGACGCGCCGUCGAAUAUCUCCAUGCAGGAGUCUCUGCGUGGGACCAGGGCGCGGAUCAGCCGAGAGUUUGAGCGCCGGAGGGAGCGGCUGAGGCAGGAGGAGAGGGAGGCGCUGGAGCGCGUUGACGAGGAGGGCCGCUCCGCGCUGUCCUGCAUCCAGGCGGACAUCGCUCGCUACGAGAUCAGAGCACGCGGACUGGAGCGGGAGAUCAACCAGCUGCUUGUGGCCCUCGCCGUGCAGGACCCGCUCUCAUUCCUGCAGAGGAAAAUGGACCCUUAUGAGACUCUGUGUGUGUCCUGUGGUGUGAGUCUAGAGAGACAUGGACCCUCUUUAGACUAUGUGUGUGUCCUGCGGUGUGAGUGCAGGAGCUCCAUCUCCCAGGAGACUCAGGAUGACUCAUCCCCCGUCUCCCGCAGUUUGAACCUCGCAAAAGUCAUCUCAGUGGGCGGCGUCCCAACUAAACUUCUGCCUUUUCUCGAUGGACGCUCACCGACUCUGGACGCAAACUCGGCCCACGACGGCCUCCGGAUUUCCUCGGAUCUCAGGACGGUGACGUGGAGCGAUGUCCCCCAGGGUCGCCCCCAUCACCCACACCGCUUUGAUGGCUGGCGACAAUCCCUGUGCUCUGAGAGCUUCUCGUCGGGUCAGCACUACUGGGAGGUGGACGUGGGGAAUGCGGAGUGGUGUCGGGUUGGAGUCGCGUACGCGACGAUCCCACGGAGAGGGGAUGGUGAUGAGUGCGGCCUGGGAGAGAGCGACGCCUCCUGGUGUCUACAGAAACGUGGCUCCAGAUUCUCAGUGUGGCAUGGCGGGGUAGUGACGUCACUGUUGGUCCCGGAGCCUCCUCGGAGAGUUGGCGUCCACCUGGACUGGGACGCGGGGCUGCUGUCGUUUUACAACGCAGACUCCAUGGCGCUGUUGCACUCGUUUGAUAAAACUUUCACUCAGCCCCUACACCCUGGGCUGGGAGUGGGGCUGGGAGUGGGGUGGUUGGGGGUUAUGGGCCUUGUGAUGUUGCACUAUAAAGUUGGUGACUCAGUGAGGAUCGUGGAUCUGAGUGGUGCGUCCUGAGAGAGGUGAACGCGAACAGCGCAGAGGGCAGACGCCAAGGCGCCAGGCACCCUCGUCACCGCCACUCGACUGGCUGGUGGCUGUCAGUCGGAACGUGGGGGGGGGGGCUGAGCGUAAACAAUCAUCACAACCUUUCUAGGGGCUAGAGGGGGGUUGAUAAAAUAGGUACCGCUCUGUGCGUGUGUGAAGCCAACGUGGAUGUAUUCACCCUGCCAGAGGAGUGUGACUGUAGUGUAGCGGUGCAGUGAUUAGCAAUGGUGAUCUGGGAUGUAUUUAUACACUGGGUGGUGUAAUUGAUGGGGGUGCAGUGAUUAGCAAUGGUGAUCUGGGAUGUAUUUAUACACUGGGUGGUGUAAUUGAUGGGGGUGCAGUUAUUAGCAAUGGUGAACUGGGAUGUGUUUAUACACUGGGGUGUAAUUGAUAGGGUGCAGUGUUUAGCAAUGGUGAACUGGGAUGUGUUUAUAUACUGGGGUGUAAUUGAUAGGGUUGCAGUUAUUAGCAAUGGUGAACUGGGAUGUGUUUAUACACUGGGGUGUAAUUGAUAGGGGUGCAGUUAUUAGCAAUGGUGAACUGGGAUGUGUUUAUACACUGGGUGGUGUAAUCGAUAGGGGUGCAGUUAUUAGCAAUGGUGAACUGGGAUGUGUUUAUACACUGGGUGGUCUAAUUGAUAGUGGUGCAGUGAUUAGCAAUAGUAACUGCAAUUUAUUUUACUCUUGUGGUGUUAUGGGUUGUGGGAGAUAUACAACAAUAAUAUGAAUUUUUAAAAGUAUAAAUGUAGGACAGUGGCAUCGUAACACUUGUAUUGUCGAUUCUACAAUAAAAAAAAAUACAAAACACAAACAACAACAGCAAUGUCGUUGUUUACAGUGUCAUUCGUGCUCACUGCAUCCCGCAACGCUGUUCAUUCAUUAAACACGAGGACCAAAUCCUCUGCACAGCCACCGCCAAGGAAAUUAAAUCUACAAAUUAAUAAACAAAUAAAGAGACCCCCACACAAUUAACUUGCACUGGGAUGAGUGAGUGGAUGAGUGAGUGAGUUUAUGAGUG